AUAAGGCUGCCGGAGCGCAACUGCGCCCAGACCUCGCAGACCAUCGCCCGAGCCUGCAGCGCUCCCUUCCUCCCCAGCUGAGUGUGCCGGUUUCCAGCCCCGGGCCAGGCCGCAGGAAGGGAAAGAAGGACCCGUCGUCCAGAGCGCACUUGUCAGCCACAGCCACCCUUCACCAUGGAGCAGCUGAGCACAGCAAACACCCUUUUUGCCUUGGACCUGUUCCUUGCUUUGAAUGAAAACAACCCGACUGGAAACAUCUUCAUCUCUCCCUUCAGCAUUUCAUCUGCCAUGGCCAUGGUCUUUCUGGGGACCAAAGGCAACAGUGCAGCCCAGCUCUCCAAGGCUUUUCAUUUCGAUGCAGUUGAGGACAUUCAUUCUAGAUUUCAAAGUCUGAAUGCUCAAAUGAACAAACAGGGAGCUCCCUAUAUACUGAAGCUUGCUAACAGAUUAUAUGGAGAAAAAACCUACAAUUUCUUACCCGAAUUCUUGGAUUCAACUCAGAAAAUGUAUGGUGCUGACUUGGCCAGUGUGGAUUUUCAGCAUGCCUCAGAGGAUGCCAGGAAGGCAAUAAACCAGUGGGUCAAAGGUCAGACAGAAGGGAAAAUUCCGGAACUGCUGGCUGCAGGUGUGGUUGAUAGUAUGACCAAACUUGUGCUGGUGAAUGAUUACUUCAAGGGAAACUGGGAGGAGAAAUUCAUGAAAGAGGAAACAACCAAUGCACCAUUCAGACUGAAUAAGAAAGACACAAAAACAGUGAAGAUGAUGUAUCAGAAGAAAAAGUUUCCAUUUGGCUAUAUCCAGGACCUGAAGUGCCGGGUUCUGGAGCUGCCUUACAAAGGCAAGGAGCUUAGCAUGAUCAUUCUACUGCCUGAUGACAUCGAGGAUGAGUCCACGGGCCUGGAGAAGAUUGAGAAGCAAUUGACUUUGGAAAAAUUGCGUGAGUGGACCAAACCUGAGAAUCUGGAUACCAUUGAGGUCAAUGUCAAGUUACCCAGAUUCAAACUGGAAGAGAGCUAUGUCCUCAAUUCUGACCUAGCCCGCCUAGGAAUACAGGAUCUCUUUAAUAGUAGCAAGGCUGAUCUGUCUGGCAUGUCAGGAGCCAGAGAUAUUUUCAUAUCAAAAAUUAUCCACAAGUCCUUUGUGGAAGUGAAUGAAGAAGGUACAGAGGCAGCUGCCGCCACAGCAGGCAUUGCCACCUUUUCCAUGUUGGCACAUGAGGAAGACUUCACGGCUGACCAUCCAUUUCUUUUCUUCAUUCAGCACAAACCCACAGCUAACAUUCUGUUUCUUGGCAGACUUUCUUCCCCUUAGAAGAAAGAGAAUUUGAGAUGAAGGUCAAGCUUAGAGCUUUAUUCCUCAAGUUUUUAAUAGUGACAGUUUUUGCUUAUUCUUACCAAUAAAACUACUU